AUGACAACCCCCGCGCGCAUCCGCCCGCUCCUCCUCACCAUCCGCUUCUCAGCCUCCAUCCCCGACCUGGACCUCGACAUCCCAUCCCCGCAAACCACCACCGUCCUCUCCCUCAAGCACCUCCUCCGCACCCGUCUCACCACCCGCAACCGCCUCCGCCUAAUCUACCAGGGCCGCAUCCUUCCAGACUCCUCGGCGCUCAGCUCCGUCCUCAAGCCGCCUCCUCCCCCGCCGCCAUCAUCCAGCGCCAGCAGCAAGGGCAAGGGCAAAGCCGUCGACGGCGCCCCCGUCAGGAUAUACGUCAACUGCUCCAUCGGCGAUGAACUCUCCGCGCAGGAACUCGCCGCCGAGGAAGCCUCCGCCGCAAACCCGCCGCAGGAGGCAGGCCCGGAACCGCCCACCAAUCCGGCUGGGCGCACGCGGCCCCGGCCAAGAGGGUUCGAUCGCCUGCUGCAGGCCGGCUUCACGUCAUCCGAGAUCUCCACCCUCCGCACCCAGUUUGCGUCCAUACAGACGGAGAGGUUCACGCCUGAUUCUAUGCCCUCGCCGGACAGCAUGAGGCGGCUCGAGGACGCGUGGAUAGAUAACAAUGCGGGCGAGCUACCCAGCGCGGCUAGUCCGCUGGAGGACGAGCUGAGCAACAUGUCCACCGUGCUGGACGUGCUCAUCCGCGGCAUGAUGAUUGGCUUCUUCUUCCCGCUGGGGAGCAUCACGUGGUUGUUGAGACAGGGCCUCUGGAGCGAGAAGUGGCAGAUCUUUGUGGGCUCUGGCGUCGUUUUGAGCGUCACGGUUGGCAUUGUCAUGGGUAUAUCGGGGGAGAGGUAG